AUGGGUGGCUGGUGGCUUGAGAGAUUUGAGGCAGUGAUGCUAGAGAAGAGUCUCUACUCCAAGGAAAGAGAAGAGGCUCUUGAUCCUUAUCAGGGUCGCUGGUACAAGUUCUCCCUGGACACGGUCAUCCAGCCCGACGACAGGCAAGCACGAGUGGGCAGCAUCCCCAUGGGCCAGCAUGGAGGCAAUGCGGGGCCCGUGCUGCCGGUUAACAUGGUGUUUGAGCAAGGUGGCGCCCGCGUGGUGGUGGACGUGGACAGCCUGGCCUUUGUGAAGGGCUCCAUGGUGGACUUCAGCCAGGAGCUGAUCCGCAGCUCCUUCCAGGUGGUGAGCAACCCACAGGCUGAGAAGGGCUGCUCCUGUGGGACUUCCUUCUCUGUCAAAUUCUGACUGGACCUCUGUG